AAAAAAAAGGAGCGUUUCAAAUAUUUGCGGAGAUACAAAGCUGAGAGAGAAAGAGAGAUAAAAAAGCCUUGGAGAAGAGGUCUUCUUCUUCUUCUUCUUCCCUCCUCCUCCUCUUAUAUACGAUGUCGUAUCGCUUUUAUUCUUCUUAUUAUCUUCGCCGUCGUAUUGCAUCCGUUUGACAUCGAUAUCUACAGGUUGGAUCUUUUUUCUAAUACAGCUUUCUUCUUCCGUGGAGAUCUCCUUCGCGCUCGAGGUAAUCCUUCUUUUACGCCUCCGGAUUUGGUUUCUGUUGAUGUUGCUCGGUGUAAUUUCUGGGAAAAGUUUCGUUAUCGUAGAGCCAUGCCUACUUUUUCUGCUAUUGCUUUGGAUAGAAUGCUAGAGCCAGGGGCUUCCACAUCUGUCGAGAGUGUUCCAACCACCUCAACAAAGUCGUUUUACUCAAAGCCACCGAUAUCAAAACUGGAGAAAGGCAAAGGUAAAUUACCUAAUGAAAGGACAGUUACGCGUCCUCAGAUGUCACCUGCUCUCUACGCCACUCCUGAUGCGAUUCCACUUCCCAAUUCGCCAUCUUCUUUCCCGCCUUCGCCUUAUAUUAUCAACCACAAAUCACGUGGACCUCCGCGUCUUCUAAAAAGCUCUUCCGAGGCUAAUGUUGUGUCUUCUUCCCACCAGAAGACCCUGAAAGACGAAACUAUUUCUGCUGAAACUGAUGUAAAGGUUUCCCCUCGGAGGAGGUCCACCUCGUUCUCGUUUCCUAUCAGUGAGGCUACUGAAGAUGACUUUUCCAAUGGAGUUAACUAUAAUUUUGAUGGUAUUGUCGAUGGUCCUGUUGGGAACUGGAGUCCGCUUGAUGGUAAAGUUGGGAAUGGAAUCUCGGAGUUGGAUUAUGCUGCCAAUGGUUUAGAAAGGGAAAACAAGCUGUCAGAGCCUGUCACUAUCAAAAACGACAGAGAGAGUGAGUCUGAAGAUUUCUAUGACCCAGGUGAAUCAGCAAGCUUCACAAGUAACACAGAAGUAGAGGGUGAUGCCGGAGAGGAAGGUUCACAUAGACUUGCUACACCUGUGGGAGAGUUUUAUGAUGCUUGGGAUGAAUUAUCAACCGACAGUGGAAUGCAGAGUUCAGUUAACAACAUUGAAUCUGAACUAAGGGAGAUAAGGCUUAGUUUACUAAUGGAAAUCGAGAAAAGAAAACAAACAGAGGAGGCUUUGGAGCAUAUGCAAAUUCACUGGCAGAGACUUCGUGAGCAGUUGGCUCAGGUGGGUCUGUUCGUUCCUAUUGAUCCUACGGCCUCCACCAACAACAUGAAUCUAGCAGAAGAACUACGCUGCCAACUCGAGGUUGCUAGGUUUGUCUCUGACUCUUUAGGCAGAGGUAUGGCGAAGGCGGAGGUAGAGAUGGAGAUGGAAUCCAUGCUCGAAACUAAGAACUUUGAAAUCACACGGUUGUCUGAUCGUGUACACUACUAUGAGGCUGUGAACAGAGAAAUGUCCCAACGGAACCAAGAGGCCAUAGAGGUGGCACGACGAGAGAGGCAGAAGAGAAAGAAGAGGCAGAGAUGGAUUUGGGGAUCAAUUGCAGCAACCAUUACUCUAGGAAGUGCAGCAUUGGCAUGGUCUUAUAUCCCUUCAGCCAAGCCAUCAUCCGAAGUAUCACAAUCUCUUAAAGAUGAUUAAGUGAGUCUCUUGUCUCAAUGACGGGUUUGAUGCGAGCAAGAGAAAUAAAGAUACAGGACGUUUAGCGUACGCCUUGUGAAUAGAAAUAUAUACAUAUCUGGUUAUUGUUUUAACUGUUGUCAAGAGGAUGUAUAGCUCCGAGUAGCUGCAAACACUUUUUUUGCGGUGGCAUACUGAGUGGCAGCCACAGUCACUAAUAUUUGGUUCGGUUUAACAUCCAAUGUUUACCUCUAGUGUAAGGUGUUUGCCGUUGCUUACAUCCUAAAGAAACCUUUUUCCUU